GUUUCAUGGCUGCUCGUGUUCUCUCUCUUCGAUCUAAGGACGAUGAAGUCGUUCAGAUCUCAGCUCAGGCUGCGAAGCAGUGUGACAUGCUCUCUAACUACUUGGAUGGUUCUAGUGGGGAGAGCAACGAGGAAUUCCCGGUCCCUGGUGUCAACGGCCGGGAGCUCAAGCGUAUUGUUGAAUAUCUUGAAUACCACAACACUAACGGCAUCGCUGGUCAAAUUACUAAGCCUCUUCGUCGAGGGGCGGUCCUAACUGAUAAUGGUGUCAGCAAAUGGGAUGCAGAGUUCGUGAACAAAGACGUUGAAACGGAAGUGUUCGAUUUGAUGCUGGCCGCUAACUACAUGUUGGUCCGUCCACUGGUGUUGCUUUGCUGUGCUAAAAUUGCUUCCUGGGUGAGCAAGAAGACUCCGGACGACAUUAUUAAGUAUUUGGGCUUACCCGAGGGAGGCCUGACGACUGAGCAGCAGAUAGAACAACUACAGAAGGCUAGUUCGUGGUGUUCCGACGCGAAGCAGCUUCUGGAAGAGCUCCAGAACGGAGAGGAUAAGGAGGAUUCGUAGUUAAUUAGUAUCAUAGACGUAUCAGCCCAGUGAGGGGCGUUUUUAUUCAUAGUCAUACUUUCUGGUAUUUGCGCAUCUCCAGAGUAAGUCGCCUGCCAGAAGUCGAUUUUUA